CCUGUUUGUUGGGCUCAAACGAGGAUAGGCGUGUGCCUGAACGAAUGCUUAUAAAACGCAAGAAGCUCGGAAAACACAAGUCGUCGCAAAUCGAACGUACAGCACGUGACAAGUCCCAAGUCAGAGCUACAAUGUUGAAGAAAAUGUACAGAAGGAGCAAACAACAUGGAAAAGAAACUGGCGGAAUUUAAGUGUGACACCAAUGAAGCUGUCUGCUUAAAGCUAAUUCGCUUUCCAGAGGAUGUUGAUGAUGAUGGCAUUAUGUUCCACCCAGAAUACAGUCACCAGAUUUUUGGAGAUGAUGAGGUGGCAUUUGGAUACAAAGGACUUCGGAUACAGCUCUUUUACACAGCCGGAAGUCUGACCACUCUUUAUAAUGUCAAAUAUUCCUCCAAAGUCACGGAAACAUUUGACUGUGUGGAGCCCGAUGAUAUUGACAGCAAGAUCCGUGAAAUUGUUCCCGCUGGGUUCACCUGCAACACGGAUGACUUCAUCACGCUAUUAGAGAAGGAAGCUAAUUUCAGACCCUUCGGUACUUUGCUGCACACCUACACAGUCCACAACGAUGAAGCCGGAGAGCUCACGUAUCAGAUUCACAAGGCGGACUUGAGCUGCUCAGGAUUCCGAGAGUACCACGAGCGCCUGCAGACUUUCCUCAUGUGGUUCAUAGAGACGGCCAGCUUCAUUGACCCAGAUGACGAUCGUUGGGACUUCUUUCUUGUAUUUGAAAAGUACAAUAAAGAUGGCGAGACCCUCUACGCAAGCAUUGGCUACAUGACAGUUUAUAAUUACUACGCGUAUCCAGACAAAACCCGGCCACGUGUAAGCCAAAUGCUGAUACUGCCUCCGUUCCAAGGAGAAGGCCACGGAGCGCAACUGUUGGAGGCAGUGCACAGAUUUUAUUCCAACGUUCCAAAAGUGCUCGACAUCACAGCUGAAGAUCCUUCCGAGAGCUACGUGAAGCUGAGGGAUUACGUGCUGGUCAAGCUUUCUCAGGGCCUGCCAUCCUUUGCCGAGGAUAAACUGCACCAAGGCCUGUCAGACGAAAUGGUGGAAGAGGCACGAAUGAAACUGAAAAUCAACAAGAAACACGCGAGAAGAGUGUACGAGAUCUUGCGUCUGAGAGUGACUGACAUGAGUGAUGAAGAGAAAUCCAGAGCGUACCGCCUGGCGGUGAAGAAGAGACUGUUUGGACCUUACAGGAAGAAUCAAAGGGAGCUAACGAAGAUGACAAAGUGCCUGCGGCUCGAGGAGGUGGUCUCUCAUUUGGGUCAGAUGGACACUCAGAUGCAACACAAGGAGCUGGAGAAGAGCUACCAGCUGGUUUUGGAAGACUACCGGAGAAUCAUCGAGAGGCUGGCGUCACAGGCCUGAUUAGGAGAGACCAGGAGUCCACCCUCUCGACGGCGUGUACAGAAACCCCCUCAUGAACUCUCACCGCAAGCAAGAGGAGACGCUCGCCGAGACGUUCAAUCCAAUCACCGUUCUAAUUGCAGAGUGUUUUUACAGUAGCCGAGUUGUGGCUCGCGGUGGAGAGCAGCCAUUUUGUCUGCCAGCUUGUGUUGGUACACUGGAGGAUUCGUGCGGCUCGGUGGCGGCGUCUUUGUCCCACAUUUGCAAGACCAGUCAUAUUUGUAGAUCUUGAACACUUGCCAUUUGUCCCGCUGUUUUGCAGCACUUCAAUAAAAAUGGGAUUUGUA